GUGAUGUAUUCGCGGCGGAAGUGCGACGCGGCGGCUUUGGUUCGGUGUCCUCGCGCUCGAUGAUGCUCAGGGGUUCAGCGCAUAACGUCAUCCCGAGCCGAGCGGCGCGCAUGCGCAGGAGCGAGCGCCAAAUACCGAGCGCAGCAGCUGUAACGUUACCGGGGGAGGCCACAAUGCGACUGGCGCUCGGGGCUCCUGCCUUGGUCCGCAUCCGCAAUGGCUGCGCAGAGUGAUCCGGAGAGCUCGUACUAUGCGCUCCUGUAGACCCGCAAACGGAAGAGCACAAGCGGAGCCGUCUCAAAAUGAGCACCGGAUUCAGCUCGAGCUCCUGCCGCUUCGCGGAUUAUUUCGUGAUCUGCGGUCUGGACACCGAGAGCGGCUUAGAACCAGACGAGCUGUCCGCUUUAUGCCAGUAUAUACAGGCUACUAAAUUCAGAGAUGUUGGCAGAGGAAAUGUGGCGAGUGCGGACGCAGGUGAGAAUUUUGAGCAGAGUCCACUGCGGAGAACGUUUAAAUCUAAAGUUCUAGCGCAUUAUCCGGACAAUGUGGAGUGGAACCCUUUUGACCAGGAUGCUGUGGGCAUGCUCUGUAUGCCAAAGGGCUUGUCCUUCCGCACCCAGACAGACAUCCGCGAGCCCCAGUUCCACUCUUUCAUUAUCACGAGAGAGGACGGCUCCCGAACCUAUGGCUUUGCCCUCACCUUCUUCGAGGAGGUGACCAGCAAACAGAUCUGCAGUGCCAUGCAGACGCUCUACCACAUGCACAAUGCAGAACAGUACGACAUCUUGCACACUCCCCCCACACCUCGCAGUCCAGAAGACACCCGUUCCAGCCCUCAACAACUGCACGCUGCUCCCUCCUUGUCACGGCUGCAGCGUUUCAACUCCUACGACAUCAGCCGAGACACACUGUUUGUGUCCAAGUGCAUCUGUCUGAUCACACCCAUGGCCUUCGCCCAGGCCUGCAGAAGGGUUCUGGAGCAGCUGCACCAGGCCGUCACCUCGCCUCAGCCCCCGCCACUUCCACUGGAGAGCUACGUCUACAACGUCCUCUAUGAAGUCCCGCUGCCGCCGGUCGGGCGUUCCUUGAAGUUCUCGGGCGUAUACGGGCCGGUGGUGUGUCAGAGACCAAGCACGUCUGAGCUGCCCCUCUUUGACUUCCCCCUGCAGGAGGUGUUUGAGCUGCUAGGCGUGGAGAACGUGCUACAGCUCUUCACUUGCGCACUACUGGAGAUCCAGAUCCUGCUGUACUCGCAACAUUACCAGCGGCUGAUGACGGUAGCUGAGAGCAUCACAGCCUUAAUGUUUCCUUUCCAAUGGCAGCAUGUGUACGUGCCUAUCCUGCCUGCUUCACUGCUCCACUUCCUGGACGCUCCUGUGCCCUACCUCAUGGGUCUGCACUCCAACGGCCAGGAUGACCGCACCAAGCUGGAACUCCCCCAAGAGGCCAACCUUUGUUUUGUCGAUAUUGACAACCACUUUAUCGAGCUACCUGAGGACCUGCCUCAGUUCCCCAACAAGCUGGAGUUCAUCCAGGAGAUCUCGGAGGUUCUGCUGGCGUUUGGCGUAUCUUCAGAGGCAAACCCGCAGUGCAGCGAAGGCCAGGGCAAGCUCAGGGGCUUCCGCUCGGGUGACGUGGCCUCCGACAAGCGCAACGGCAACCUGGCCGGCUCACCGCUCAACUCGUACUUGCUGAGAGAAAACCAAACCAUAGCACGUCUGCAGGCGCUGGUUAAGAGGACCGGAGUCAGCCUGGAGAAGUUGGAUGUGAAGGAGGAUACGAGCACUAAUAAGGAUUCAAAAGUGCAGUGUGAUGAAGAGGAGAUGAAAAUGCAUCAGCUGAACAUCCGGGUGCGAGAGGUCUUCGCCAACCGCUUCACGCAGAUGUUCUCAGACUAUGAAGUGUUUGUCAUUCAGCCCAGCCAAGACAAAGAGUCCUGGUUCAGCAACCGAGACCAGAUGCAAAACUUUGACAAGGCCUCCUUCCUGUCGGAUCAACCCGAACCUUACCUGCCGUUCCUCUCCCGCUUCCUGGAGACGCAGAUGUUUGCCUCUUUCAUCGACAGCAAGAUCCUGUGCCACGAUGACGAGGACAAAGAGCACACGCUGAGGGUGUUUGAUUCCCGUGUUGACAAGAUCCGCAUGCUAAAUGUCAGGACACCCACCCUGCGGACCUCCAUGUACCAGAAAUGCACCAAUAUUGACGAAGCAGAAAAGGCCAUUGAGCUGAGGCUGUGUAAGAUCGACCACACGGCUCUGCAUCCCCACCUGCUGGACAUGAAGAUCGGUCAGGGCCGCUACGAGCCGGGCUUUUUCCCCCGCUUGCAGUCCGAUGUCCUCUCCACUGGACCCACCAGCAACAAAUGGGCGAAGCGCAGUGCACCAGCACAAUGGCGGAGGAAGGACAGACAGAAACAACACGCUGAACAUCUCUAUUUGGACAAUGACCAGAGAGAGCAUGUGGAGUGUCUGUUUUCUGAGCUUCAGCUUCUGCUGGCUCUGGACUACUACUGGUUCUCGCAGUCCUUCAGGCCCUGUCUAAAGUCCGUCAAGGUGGAUGUGAAGUACAUCCAGGAGGCCAGGAACCUGGGCACCACUCUGCGGCAGCCCAAACUCUCCAACCUGUCACCUUCAGUCAUCGCACAGACCAACUGGAAGUUUGUAGAGGGAUUGUUAAAGGAAUGCAGAAAUAAGACCAAACGCAUGUUGGUGGAGAAGAUGGGACGGGAAGCGGUGGAGCUGGGACACGGGGAGGUUAGCAUCACUGGGGUGGAGGAGAACACGCUCAUCGCCAGCUUGUGUGAUCUGCUGGAAAGAAUCUGGAGCCACGGUCUGCAGGUCAAACAGGGAAAAUCUGCCUUGUGGUCACACCUCUUACAUUAUCAAGAAAGUAAAGAGAAGAGAGAUGCUACUCCAGGAGGUCUCGGCCCUCCAGGUAUCAUUCAUGACACAGAGAGACGGAAGUCAGAUGCCGGCUGUGCGAUGCCACCUCUCAAAGUCUCUUUGAUCCAGGACAUGAGGCACAUCCAGAACAUCAGCGAGAUCAAGACAGAUGUUGGGAAGGCCAGGGCAUGGGUGCGUCUCUCCAUGGAGAAGAAACUGUUGUCCAGGCACCUGAAGCAACUUCUGUCUGACCAUGAGCUUACAAAGAAACUCUAUAAGCGCUACGCUUUCCUGCGCUGUGAUGAUGAGAAGGAGCAGUUCCUCUACCAUCUCCUCUCUUUUAACGCUGUGGACUACUUCUGCUUUACCAAUGUCUUCACUACAAUUAUGAUACCAUACCAUGUGGUCAUCAUUCCCAGCAAGAAACUAGGUGGCUCCAUGUUUACGGCCAACCCCUGGGUGUGUGUCUCAGGAGAACUAGCUGAGACUGGGGUUCUGCAGGUCCCCAAAAACACCCUGGAGAUUACGUUUGAGUGCCAGAACCUGGGGAAACUGACCACAGUACAGAUGGGCCAUGAUAACUCAGGACUGUAUGCUAAGUGGCUAGUGGAGUGUGUAAUGGUCCGCAACGGGAUCACAGGGCACACCUACAAGUUUCCAUGCGGCCGUUGGCUCGGGAAGGGAGUAGAUGAUGGCAGCUUGGAGAGGAUACUGGUGGGCGAAUUGGUGACUAACAUGGAGAACGAGGACAGAAUGUGCCGGACUCCUCCAAUGCAGCAAUCCCCUGGGAUGAUGCGAAGAUUUGUCACCAUUUCGCCAAACAGCAAACCAAAGUUAAACACGGGCCAGAUCCAGGAAGGAGUGGGAGAGGCGAUUAACGGUAUCGUCAAGCACUUCCAUAAGCCAGAAAAAGAGAGAGGAAGCCUGACAUUGCUUCUGUGUGGAGAGUAUGGUUUAGUAUGGGCUCUGGAGCAGGUGUUUCAGCAUGGCUUCAAGUCUCCCCGCCUUUUCAAGAACGUCUUCAUUUGGGACUUUCUAGAAAAAGCACAGGUCUACUUUGAGAGCGCAGAGCAGAGUCAGAUGACCCAGGAUGAGAACUGGCAGAUGAGAGUGCGUCAUUUCUGCCAUUUCAUGCGUGCCAUCAACAGCACACCCAGGAACAUCGGCAAAGAUGGGAAGUUUCAGAUGCUCGUGUGUCUCGGAGCCAGAGAUCACCUGCUGCACCACUGGAUCGCGCUUCUCGCCGAGUGUCCGAUCACAGCACAGAUGUACGAGGACGCGGCGCUCUUAAAGGACCAUUCUCUGGUGAACUCUCUGAUUCGAGUGCUACAGACUCUGCAGGAAUUCAACAUCACUCUGGAGGCUUCUCUCGUCAAAGGAAUCGGGAUAUAACGUCAUCUGAAUAUAGAACUAACACAGGGAUCAGCGGGACCAUGGACUAACUUUUUUUUUUUUUUUUUACACGGAGAGACUUGAACAAAAGGACUAAACCUGGCUUACGUUAAAGCUACCGUCAUGUUUGCCAUAUAUUAAGUGCAAUGAGCCUUUUCAAACGUGUCAUAAUUUUUAUCGACAACAUUACUGACAUUCAAAUAUGUCUUCUAUUUUGAUCCCACCCCGCCUCCCGUGCUAUACCGUUUUAUCGAAAGCUCAAUAUUUUUCGUUGUUGUUGUGGACUGCUGACAAUGGCUAUAUUUAAAAGGAAAACAUGUAAGAAAAACUGUUAUUAUAUUUUCAGAGAAGAACAGUGUUAUUUUGAUAUGUGUCAGGUUGCUUGCUCUGUGCUCUAAUCUAAUCCAUACUGUCACAAUGCAGAGUUCAAAGCAAAUGAUGUAGAAGUAUGCUUUAUAAGUACAACUUGUGGGGAACUCAUAUUUUUACUUAAAGAAAGGAAAGAUGAGAUAAAUGGAAAAAAAAGGCUCUCUUUUGUAACAACGCCAGGGACUUGUGUCAUUUCCCUAUAAAUGCAAAUCUAAAUGCAAAUUAGUUUAAAGGGACAGUUCACCCAAAAAUUACACUACCAGUCAAAUUUUUUUUUAUGAAUGUUAUGUUGUGCUCAUUGAGGCAAUUUGAAUACAUUUAAAAAAAUGUAAUUUAUUCAAGUGAUGGCAAAGCUGAAAUAUCAGCAGUCAGCAUUUCAGUUUUUUAUCUUUAUUCGGCAAGGAUGCUUUAAAUGAAUCAAAAGUGACUGUCAAGACAUUUUUACACAUUUCAAAUAACUGCUCUUCUCAUGAACCGUCUAUUCGUAUAAUAAUUCUAUAAAAAGGAUUGCACAUAAACAUUCAGCAGCAAAAAAAUUUGCAACGUUUUUUCUGAUUGAGAACCAGAAAUAAUUAUGAUUUUUGGAGGAUUGUGUGACGCUGAAGUUUAGAGUAAUGCCUACUAAAAAAUUCAGCUUUGGCAUCACAAAGAUAAAUUACUUUAAUAAACAUUAUUUCAAACAAUUACUAAGAAAACUGUUAUAUUUGCAAUAAUAUUUUACAAUGCUACCGUUUUACUCGUAUUUUAUAUUAAAUAAAUGCGACCUUGGUGAGCGUAAGAGAUGUAUUCCACAAACAAAUGAUUGAAUUAUUCCAACAUUUUGACUGGUAGUGUACGAGUUGGUCAUCGUUUACUCAUCAUGCUGUCAGACCCUUGUUCAUUUUAAAUGAUUACAUUCAUUUAAUAUCAUAAAAUAAUCCCACCUUUUUCUUUCUUUCUUUCUCCCCGUACAAUGAAAGUGAAUGGCAGCCACAAAUGUCUACUGUCCUGUCCACUUUCGAUAAAUGGGAAUAGAGCAGCUUGGACUCUGGGAUCUGAAUAUUUCCUUCAGCUUUCCACAUGAGAAAAAGGGGUGAACUGUCUUCUUUAGCUUAUUGGGAUCCCCCAAAAGACUCAUCAAGUACAUAUUUUAUGAGAUGGAUCGUAAAAAAUUAAAAACAAUCAAUGCAGAAAGGAUAGCAUUAAUGUUUCUUCAACCCUUUCAAAGUACCCAGUAACAUUCCCCAUCUCGUCAGCCCUCAGGUCUCGACUGUGGCCAACUACAAUGCCAUAUCUGGAGUAGAAUUAAUUUGCGGCACAGUUGCUGUGUUUGUGUCCCUGUCCUUAGUUAACCCCCAGCAUCCCCUCUGUUUCUGCUAUGCAAUAUUUACAGCUCCAAAAUUUUGUUAUUGAAUAUUGAUGAAAUAUAUCAUUCACCUGUUUUAGAGUGUAGCAUAAUUUGUAGGACAUAACUGGGAGAAGCACAUUAAAGGCUGAUAUUCAUGUGCCAAUUUCACGACUGUUCCGGUACCUGUUCAAACACGGCUGGCAUGAGCAUUCUGGGAGGUUUUUUUCUUGUGUUUUAUCUCUUGAUACGUUUAUAGACAAAGCAGUGUAAUGUAGUGUUAAAUAUUGAACAACUGUGUACAGUGUAUAAAAUGUAUUAAAGGUGGCAAUUCGAUGAUGA